GUUCAAAAACCACCAUCCAAGUAAACAAGCAAAUAACAACGUCAAUUUAUCUCUCCUGGUUUUAUUCUUAUUAUUAUUAUUAGGCGCAACCAGUAGUAGCAGCAGCAUGUAAACAACUUUCUCUCUCUCGCAAUUUCACGCUCAAAAUUCCCGACUGCUUGCGCUGCUGUGAAGAUUUGGUGUCUGCUUAAGAAAGUUGGGUUUGCUUAAGCUGUCAUCAAGGUAUUUACUCCGUGGGCCUCGUGGUUUGUGCGAAGUAAGGAGCCAUACCGUCAAUUCUGAAGGCAAUUUUCUUUCUGUUUUGCCUCUUGAUUUACAAAGAUGAGGAAUUUGAUGGCGGAGCCUUCUCCUAGUACUGCUCGGGCUAUUGACUUGAUCACAGAAGUAAAAGAGUUGCAGAGAUUUAACUCUCAGGAGCUUAGUAAGCUGUUAAAGGACUCUGAAAACUUCUCCCUCUUCUACAUUACAGCAAAGUCUUUGCAGAUUGACAUGGAAAAGCUUGUUCGACUACUUCCUUUGCACCUUACUGCCGUGCUUUUGUCCUCUCAAAGAGAUGAAGCCUCAUUGAGAUAUCUAUUAUCUGGACUCAGGCUUCUAUAUUCUUUAUGUGAAAUAUCUUCUCGCCACCCUAAGCUUGAACAGAUUUUGCUCGACGAUCUGAAAGUCUCAGAACAGCUGCUUGAUUUGGUGUUCUAUUUACUUAUCCUCUGCUGUAAACAGGGAUACAGUUUUUCUGGUGCUAUGCCACUUCUUUACUCAGCUCUUGUAGCUUGCAGUAUGUAUCUACUGACCGCUUGCAUUUCAUCACAGUGGAGUGAACUCACUUAUGUUCUCCAGGCACACCCUAAGGUUGACAUAUUUUUAGAUGCAGCCUUUGGAGCUGUCCGCAUGAAUAUCAACUUCCUUCAGAUCAAGCUGUCAGCAGAGGAAAAUGAGUUCACAAAUUCUAGUCUAACAGCUGAAAAAGCAGUCCACUUUUGUUUCCAGCAAUGUGAGGCUUCUUUGCAGUUCCUCCAUUCAUUAUGCCAAAAUAAGUCUUUUCGAGAACGCCUUCUCAAGAAUAAGGAAUUAUGUGGGAAAGGAGGAGUCCUUCAUCUUGUUCAAGCCACCUUGAAGUUGAAUAUCUCGCCAUAUCUGAAGGAGCCACUUGAAAUGAUAGCUGCUAUUUCUAGACUAAAGGCUCGAGUUUUAUCAAUUCUGCUGCAUCUUUGUGAAUCAGAAAGUGUGUCUUAUCUGGAUGAGGUAGCCAGCAUACCAGAAAGCCUGGAUCUGGCAAAGUCUGUUGCAGUAGAGGUUAUUACAUUACUGAAGACCAUGGUCAGCAGAGAUCUUAAACUUCUGGCGAAUCACUCGGGAAAAACAUAUCCAAGUGGGCUUUUGCAGCUCAAUGCAUUGCGCCUGACAGAUAUCUUCUCUGAUGAUUCAAAUUUUAGAUCGUACAUUACAAUAUACUUUGCUGAAGUGUUGGCAGCAAUCUUGUCAACUCCUUACCAACAGUUUUUGGCUAGUUGGUGUUCAUCAGAAUUACCUCUGAAGGAAGAGGAUGCUUCAUUAGAAUAUGAGCCUUUUACUAUGGCUGGAUUGAUUUUGGACUCAACUUCAAGUCUAGAUACAAUAAGAUCCUUUGAAUCCAACUUUAUUCCAACCAACAAUGCGCAAUCAUCUUAUGCCCAUCAACGAACUUCUCUAUUGGUUAAAGUGAUAUCCAAUCUGCAUUGUUUUGUGCCUAAGAUUUGCAAAGAGCAGGAGAGGAACUUUUUUCUUCACAAGUUUCUUGAACGUCUGAAAAUGGACUGGCAAGACCCAAAGGAUGGAUUUGCGUUUAGUUCUGCACCUCAAAAAGCUGCCACUAUUUGCAAGAAUCUUCGUUCGUUGUUGGGUCAUGCAGAAUCUUUAAUUCCGACUUCUCUUAACGAGGAAGAUGUACAGCUUUUAAGGCUUUUCUUUACCCAACUGCAGUCACUCAUUGGUCCGGUUGAUUAUGAAGUUAAUAGAGCACUGGAACUUCAAAUUGCAAGAGGCUGUCCAUCAUCUCUUCAAGGAAAUGUGGACUUUGAUCACAAGAACAAACACUCUAACUUGAGAGAAGGUAUGUCAGAAAAUUCAGCUUUUCCAGGAGUGGACAAUUCUUGCACUAAAGUUGAGGUUACUGCUGAAGCUGAUGGUGCAAUGCACAAUCAGAAGACAUGUGAAGGAAAAUCUGUAAAAUAUUCAGCUGAAAUUUUAGUAGAGACUGAAAAGGAGUUUCAUCAUGAAGAGACAAGUGGAUCAGAUUCAAGCACUACAAGAGGAAAGAAUCCGACUGAUCAAGUUGGUAAUGGUGAAAAUACAAAACCAGGUGAGCAUUUCCAUAGAAGUAUAGUUGGAGUUGUUCAACAAGAUGGGAGGGUUGAAAGUGUGAAUCACGAAGAGAAGCAAGUACGGAAACGUAAACGACAUAUAAUGAACGAUAAACAAAUAUCGUUGAUUGAAAGGGGGCUGCAGGAGGAACCUGAUAUGCAUAAGAACGCAGCCUCUUUACAAUCAUGGUCUGACAGAUUAAGUUUACAUGGUUCUGAAGUCACAUCUUCACAGCUGAAAAAUUGGUUGAAUAACAGGAAAGCGAAGCUUGCGCGAGCAGCCAAGGACGGUGGUCACCCAUUGUCUGAGGAGAAUGCUAUAGCUGACGCACAAGCUGGGUCCCUCAUGCAUACUACUUCGGGUUCUCCUGAAAGUCAGAAUGAGGACUUGCCUCCUUCCUCUGCACCCAAGGACCACAACCAGGUGUCUGCAGUCCGGAGAACCAGUUCAGGGAUAACUAUGAGCCCAGUUCUUGAGAUUCCCCGACCUGAAAGUUCAAGCAGAUUAAAUAUGCAAAUUGAGGGUCCGGCUAUAAGUUCGAGUUGUGUAAACUUUGAGGCGGGUCAGGCUGUUCUACUUACUGAUACCCAAGGGAAAGAAAUAGCCAAAGGAACUGUAUUUCAGGUUGAAGGUGAAUGGCAUGACUGCAAUCUGUCAGAUACUAGAACCUGUGUUGUAGAUAUUACAGAACUUAGGUCUGAGAGGAUUCUGAGGCUUCCCCAUCCAUCAAUAGAAGCAGGCGCCACAUUUGAACAGGCUGAAGUCAAGAUUGGGACUAUGAGAGUGCUAUGGGAUUCUGGCCGGAUGCUGAAGCCGUAGAUAGUACCAUGAAUAUCAUCUUGCUUAGAAAUGGAAUGUUUAUUGGAGGUUGUUUAAAGUAGAGUAAGCUGGUGAUGUUGAUCUAAGUCAAAGUAGAGCCACAAAUUUGGCAGAAUAUAAUUAACAGGUUUAGGUUGGCGCUCUUUUUAAAAGUAGAGCUCCAUUUCUUGUAUAGCAUCUCUGUUGGGAAGUUGUGAUCUUAACUAUGUCAUUUGUAAAUUACUAAUGUCUGAUGAUAUCCGGGAAUGAUAAUCUUGUAUGAUUUUGAGUUCUGACCGUGUUGCAAUUUCAAUGAGUAGGGUUUGCUUGCUAAGA